AUGCAGAUGAUGCCCGGAGUCGUUACAUUGAGUCCGCUCUUUUUAGGGUUAUUACGCGUCUCUCACACGGCUGCGUACGCCCUCCAACCUUGUUUCGCCACGCGUCUCGAUGUAUAUUCGGUUUCCGCCGGCUCUGAGAGCUGUUGGGUGCCUUGUGCACUGCUAAUUUCACAGUGUGGCGAACUAUAUCUCUUUUCCGCCGCUGACGGACGCGUGAUCAAUGCGGCUUUGCUGGGCCAAGUUGCAGGCGUGAUGGACACUGACAAGGCCCGGGUCGACGUCGUAACGCAGCGCAUGCCGGGUCCGGGGUCUGACAUGCAGAGCCUCUAUGUGCGUUGUAGGCAGCCGCUGCAGCCUGUGAACCUCUGCGAGAAGGGCAAGCGAAGCGACAGUACUACCAGGCGAAGUGAGGCAGUUGCGGAGAGCGAGGCCACGCCCAGCACAGUAUUCCCACCCUUUUCCUACCUGAUGCGCUUUCACUGUCGAAACGUCCCAGUUGUGCUGCAGCUUCUCCGAAUUAUUACGGUUUUUGCGGAUCCAGAUAAGGGUGAAUUGUUUAUUCGUCAGGCGCAGGUUCCGCUAAAAGAGGAGUUGGAUUUCUCCAUUUUUGUUGAUCCUCUUGAUACCACGCCGAGGGAGCAAAAUAAGCACGCCGUCAGGAUAAGAUGCAUAGAUGGAGCAGCGUCCUCCGAAACGUGUACCCGCUUAAGGAACUUCUUUUUCCUUCGAAAGCAAAGGACGUGGUGUAUAUGCGAGAUGUGGCAAAGGCAGCAAAAAAGCGCUUGCUGGACGCCGGUGCUCGCAUUGAAGUGCCCUCGCCGUUGGACUCAACUGCCCUUCUGA